AAGUCCGAAUCUGUCAAUAUCUUUCUAACUUUAGCUAUCUAUGACAAAGCAACGUAAUCACCAGUCGACGGUAUGAAACUUGUAAACAAAUAGUGACGUCAAUAAAAUGCGCUGCCAAGCUUUGAAUACGGCUUGGUAACGGAGGAAAAGCCGCGGUUUCGGGCUGUGGAAUUAAUUAUGUCCUCAGGACGUUUUGAGGCAUGCCUCUGCAUUUUUACUAUUUUUCCGUAGUUCUUUGUGAAAAGUGACAUUCUACUCCUCCCCUCCCAUCGGUUGUCAUCGUCAAUCCGAGCGGCGACAAAAGAAGGAUAUCAACUAACGACAGCCUCGAGAGAAUGAACGCUUGACGGACAACCGCGUUGCUAACGUUAGCUAGCUAUACAAUUAGCUAUUCGUUUCACUUGACAGUUUUUGAGAUCGGAAACAUGACAACUUUAACCAGGCAAGAUCUCAAUUUCGGACAAGUGGUUGCUGACAUCCUGUGUGAGUUCCUGGAGGUCGCUAUUCACCUCAUCCUGUAUGUCCGUGAAGUUUAUCCCUCGGGAAUAUUUCAGAAGAGAAAGAAAUACAAUGUACCCGUGCAGAUGUCAUGUCACCCAGAGCUGAAUCAAUAUAUCCAAGAUACACUUCAUUGUGUAAAGCCCCUCAUUGAGAAGAAUGAUGCAGAGAAGGUUGCCGUGGUCAUCAUGGACAAAGAGCAUCAUCCAGUAGAAAGAUUUGUGUUUGAGAUUUCCCAACCUCCACUACUGUCCAUCAGCUCCGACACAUUACUGUCACACGUGGAGCAGCUGCUGAGGGCGUUCAUCCUGAAGAUCAGUGUGUGUGAUGCUGUUUUAAAUAAUAACCCACCAGGGUGUUCAUUUACAGUACUGGUACAUACUAGAGAUGCUGCUACACGCAACAUGGAGAAGGUUCAAGUGAUCAAGGAUUUUCCAUGGAUAGUUGCCGACGAACAGGAGGUCCACAUGCAGGAGCCAAGACUCAUCCCACUGAAGACCAUGACGUCUGACAUAGUGAAAAUGCAGCUCUACGUGGAAGAGAGAGCCCAGAAGACGUAGGCCCCGGGAUGAUGUUGAAUCAUCAGCAAAGUAUACAACACAGUCAAUCAGAGCUGCCUGGAACCACCUGGGUUUUGUUGAACACAUGGGAUCAUCAAGAAAGAGAUGUGGAGUGUGUGGGUGAGAUGUGCGCAAUAUGCUGCAGCUAGCGUUGAGGGUUGGACAGACGCGACACACAGACAUUUCAUGAAGAAUCACAUCUGGCCCAGAUCGUUUGCUCUCCGCCUGUGAUUCGAUCGCAUGCCAUACAAAUACGCAUGAAUACGGUUGUCAUUUUAUUGCCAUGUAUUGUGUUUGAUUGCUUUAGUUUCCAUGCAGAUCUUUAGUACAACAGUAUGAUCCAAAUGUAGCUGUUGCACCAUGACAAUAAAAUUCCAGAGGAAAUUGAGUAGACCAGUGUAUCAGAUAUCAACUUAAAUACCUACCACAUCUACAAACCACCCUUAAAUGGGUUGUGUGUUCACUGUCAAACAUUGUUUCUCUUUGUGGGGAAGCUGUUUUGCUAGAGGUUGUCUUUUCAUGUCCACACUGAGGGCAGAGGUUUUUUUUUUUUUUAUCCCACUAUAAUGUCCCACUGAGUCAUAGCAGGUCUUUCAUGGUGUCUACAGUAUUAGUGGUCAGGGUGCAGUGUGAGAGUUUUGGGUGGGCUCCUAUGAAAUCAAAGGGGAUGUUUGUGUGUUUUCCCAUACAACCAGUGGUAAUGUUCGCCUCCAUUCUUAUGUGACAAAUUCAAAGUUUUUUUUUUUUUUAUGUUACUGCUGAAAACUACAUGAAAAGAAAAAAUUAAUUGUAAUAAAAAAAUAUUUAAAAAAAGAUUUUUAAAGUACCACCACUAUAAAUCUCUGUGUUAGUGUGUAUUAAAGCAAACACUUUGUAGAAUGA